GUGGAGAGCUCUUACACACAAAAGAAUAGAAAACAUCCUUUCUCUAUCAUUUUCUUUAGAUCAUCAUACAUUCAUACGUAAAUCAUUUUUUGAUUUGAGUGGGUCUUUACUCCACUAGUUUGUCCAUUCCAAGAGUACGUAUAAUUUAUAUAUUAUACUUUCAUAAGAGUUCAAGUCAACUCUAUUUCUUGGCAAAUUUGGCAACGGUCGAAGGUUUCAGUCAAGAAAGAUAUUAUUUCUCGAGUUUUGGAAAAUCCAAAAAUGGCAAACUUGGAAAAUGCUGUUAACAAUGAAACUGUUGGUUUAGAGCAUGUUUUUGUCGCCCCUGAAAAUGAUAAUUCUGUGUCUGUCACUAAUUCACAAGGCACACCUGAAUAUAUUGCUACGGGCUCGCACAGGGUGGAUUUAACCGGGAUGCCCGAAAAAUUUUCUGGGCAUUUUUUCAAGCGUUGGCAACAACGCAUGAAAAUUUGGUUAAUCACCAAGGGCUUGCUUUCAGUGAUUAUGACGGUGUGUCCUCCGGUUGUCGAAUCUGAUCCCAAAAGUCUUGAACGUCAUGGACUUUGGCUUGAGAGGGACGAAAUUGCAAAAGGCAUGAUUCUCAUGGGUUUAUCCGACAUGUUAUUUGAUGUCUAUUGUACCCUCCAUGGGACGGCCAAAGACCUUUGGGAUGAGUUAGAUAGAAAAUAUAAUACUGAUGACCAUGGUCUUGAAAAAUAUAUUGUUUCUAAAUUCCUACGAUUUGACAUGAAAGAAGGAAAAUCGGUUUUAGAACAGACACAAGAAUUUGAGCUUACCUUACAUUCUCUUCGUGAAGCGGACAUGGAAUUGCCUGAAAAAUUUAAAGUGAUGGCGGUCAUAGAAAAAUUUCCCAAAUCAUGGGAAGAUUUUGGUAUGACUUUAAAACAUAAAAUGAAAAAGAUCACUUGGAAAUCUUUGAUGCAUUCCAUUACGGUUGAGGAGGAACAUAAGAAAGCGGGUUAUAUUGCGCCUGUUGAAUUUCAACCGAAGGCUCAUGUUAUAACUGGGGGAAAGCAAGCACAUAACUCUAAAAAUAAGCAACCAUCAUCUUUUAAACCAAUAAAGGCCAAACUAAAAAUUGCAAAGAAACCAAAGGCAAACCGACCAUGCUGGAACUGUGGACAGAUGGGGCAUUGGGCCAAAUUGUGUCCUAAUAAAAAGGCCAAGGCUCAAUCUGGGGGACCUCAAGUCAACAUGGUGACUGGAGGGACUAGUUCUAAUGGCCUGCGGUUGGAAGAACAGUGAUGAUGGGGAACACAAGUGCUGCAAGUGUGCAAGGAAUUGGAAAAGUAGAAAUUAAAUUUCCUUCGGGAAAAAUUCUUUCUUUGCAUGGAGUGCAUCACGUUCCCGAAAUUAGAAGGAACAUCGUUAGUGGUUCCAUUCUAGUUAGGGAGGGUUAUGAGUUGUCUUUUAAAUUAAAUAAAGUUGUAAUUUUAUUUGGUGGAACUUUUAUUGGCAAGGGUUACUUGUCUGAUGGACUUUUUAAAGUUAUGGUUGAUUAUUUAGAAUUAAAUUAUGUAUCUGAGAAUUGUGAUUCUUCAACUUUAUGGCAUUAUCGUUUGGGUCACGUUAAUUUA